AAAUAUUUUGUGGCAACGGUUUUUUCUUUGAAACUCAAGCCUUUCCUUUCUCUUUCGGUUCUUUCUUCCAAGAAAUAGAAACGGUUCCUUGCUCUCUUUUCUCUCUGUGUUUGGUACUAAAGCAUCCUGGAACAACAACAUUAACUACCAUAAACAAGCUUCUGAGAACUAGAGCAAAAUCUUGGUUGUAGUUAAUGGCUCAAUUCACCCCGCAAGGACGUUUGAAGCUGCUCUUUCAUGGUGAUGGGGUUGAACCAAAAGACCCUUUUCAUUAUAAGCUUGUUAGCAAUGUUUUUGGUGGUUCUGGUGGGUUAAAAUCACUUCAGGCUCAGCGUAGGCUCAGGUUUCUUGGUUCUACAGCCACAAGACAAUACUUCUCUUCUUCUUUGAAGAAAGGCAGCAAAUUUAAUGCAAAGGUUCGUCCGAACAUGAGUGAUGAAGGAUUUUAUGAUGAAGAGGAUUAUGAUAGUGACUUUGAGACUGGCAAUUUGGCUUGUUUUAGAGGUCUUGUUUUGGAUAUCUCUUACAGGCCCGUCAAUGUUGUCUGCUGGAAGCGUGCUAUAUGUUUGGAGUUCAUGGAGAAGGCCGAUGUUCUAGAGUAUUAUGAUCAGACCGUGAACUCUCCAAGUGGAUCUUUCUAUAUACCAGCUGUGUUAAGGGUUCCCCAUCUACUGCAAGUUGUUAAGAGAAGAAGAAUCAGAACCAAUCUUAGCCGCAAAAAUGUUCUAUUUAGGGACAACUUCACUUGUCAGUAUUGUUCUGCUCAUGAGAACUUGACCAUAGACCAUGUUCUGCCAGUUGCAAGAGGAGGGGAAUGGAAAUGGGAAAAUCUGGUCGCUGCUUGUGCCAAGUGCAAUUCAAAGAAGGGUCAAAAAACUCUGGAGGAAGCAAAUAUGAAGCUGAUUAAGGUCCCCAAGGUCCCAAAGGAUUAUGACAUACUUGCCAUACCCCUAACAAGUGCAGCAAUAAGGAUGUUGAGGAAGAGAAAUGGGACACCUGAAGAAUGGCGUCAAUAUCUCUCCCCUUCCACAGAGCCUUGACAUCCAUCCAUACUGCUAGUGCCUUACACUUAUAUUUCGUACAUAUUAAAUCAUCGCUCACUUCUAAACUGUGACAAAAGUUGUCUUGUAUUUCAUGUAAAGCACCGAAACCCUCUUCUCUUAUGAUUCAUGAAUAGGAUGUAUUCAUGUCUGGUAAAUGCUUAACUUAGUAUAUUCAUAUACUUUUAGGAUUUUAUUUGGCAAUGUUUUUAAGGCCAACCACUUUACCCCCUAGAUCUAGUUACCAAUAGCAGUGUAUCAAGUUACUGAUGAUUAAAUAAUUGAUGAUCAUUUUAACAAA